AUGAUAAGAGCGCAAACAUCUCAAGAACUAAACAUGUCAGAAUACGCUCAGUUGGAACCACAUCAGUUUAGAUUGCUUUGUCGAGAGGCAAAACACACAUCCCACACGUCUGGUGCUUGUGAAGAAUAUGCUCAGGCCAAUCUUAUCGUGCUCCCACAAGAGUACGCAGAUGAUUUCAUCAACCUGUGCCUUCGUAACCCAGUGCCAUGCCCACUGCUCUGCAAAACUCCUGUUGGCGAUCCUUUUAAGAUCGACAACCCAGAAUACAUCAAAGAAGGUUUUGAUUUGAGAACUGAUUUUCCCUCAUACAACGUCUACGAGAAUGGAGAAUUGAAAUUUACCAAAACAGAUGUGAAGAAUGAAUGGUCCAGCAACCAUAUAGGGUUUUUAAUUGGCUGCUCACAUUCCUUUGAACACGAGCUCUGUGAGAACGGGCUUACUCCGAGACACUUAGCGCUUGGACGUGGCGUGCCUGUUUACAAGACGACAAAGAACCUUGAUCCAGCAGGUGUAUUCACUGAUUGCACAUAUGUUGUAAGCAUGCGUCCCUACAGACCAGAAGAUGUGCCAAGAGUCCGUGAAAUAACUUCAAAAUUUAAGAAAACACAUGGGGAGCCAAUCGACUGGGGUUACGAAGGAGCAGAGAGACUGGGAAUCACUGAUUUAAAUCGACCAGAUUUUGGUGGACAACCUGUGAUUCACGACGAUGAGAUUCCUGUGUUCUGGGGAUGUGGGGUAACGCCUCAGCUGGUGGUGAUGCAGCAAAAAAACAAGAUCAGGGGCCAAGUGAUCUCUCAUACUACGGGUGCGAUGUUGGUGCUGGACAUCACCAGUGAGCAAAUUAAACGUUUAGAAUAA